AUUCUGAGAUCCGAGAUUACAUAUAGUUUGUAAUUCGGUAGAGCUGGUGUAGUUUAGUGUAGAGUGUCGUGUUAAAAAUAUAGACGACAGACACACUACUGAGUGCUACAAAGAGCCACUAAUAAUACAACUAAAAAAAUAACAAUUGUCAUCACAAGUGUUAACUGUUUAUUAUCAUAAAAAAGGUGGCACAUUGAUACAAUAAAUAAUAUCGGGUUUUUAAAUUUAAAUGAAUCUUGUUUAAAUAAUCACGUCAAUACGUAAGCGACUAUUUAAUUUAAUUAAAAAAAAGAAAAAAAAAACAUUAAAUGAGAUUUAAAAUUAUACAUAACAGCAGCAACAGCAGUUGUCUUAUGUUGCUUCUGAUGUAGUUACUCGGUAUUACAACAGUUCAGUAUCCAAUAUUAUUAUUAUUAUUAUUAUUAUUAUUAUUAUUAUUAUUAUUAUUAUUAUUAUUAUUGAUAUUGGUUGUAUAGAGUUACUGUUGUUGUUGUUGUCAUCGUUGAAGAAUCAGUGAUUGACCAAUAUUGUUAUUAUAGUUAUUAUUAUUAUUAUUAUUAUUAUUAUUGGUGGUGGUGAUUGACAACGAAAACGAGCAAUACAAGGAAAAUGGCUGAUGAAUAUAAACCGCAAGCUGGUGCUACAGGCACUUCAUCAACAAAAACACUAUACGAAUUAAGUGUUUGUCGAGUUGCUGAUAGAUUUAUAAAAUUAAAAAAAUAUCUCACUUGUUUACCCGACAAUAUUCUCUUUGAUGUAUACUACGAGUUGUAUAAGAAAAAGAAAUUAUGUUUACUGGGAGCUGAGUUCAGCGAUUUAGAUACUUUUUCAAAGAUGCUGAGAGUCAGAAGCAGAAGAAUUCAUUUAUUUCAAGUGUUUCAGGCUCUGAUGGAUCACGGAACAAAAAUCGACAACGAGCUUGCGAUAAGUUUCAAUGUAUGUUGUUCAAGGAUAAGAAACAAAUUAAAUGGCCAAGCAAAUAUUAUAGACCUCGGACUCAGACUCGGGAGCUUUCUGAGUGACGCUGGAUGGUACGCAGAAAGUACAAAAGUUUUAUUAAUGUGCAGAGAUUUAUGUAUCGCAGAGAGCGAGACCGCUGAAAACUGGUGCCGUACAUUAGACUGCUGUCACAAAUUAUUACGUGCCCAGGCGGCUUAUUGUGCAUUUAAAGACGCUAAGGAGACACACGAGCUGGCAUUAAGUACAGUUGAGAAGUUACAGUACGCCGGGUACGAAGAUUGCAAUCAUGCUGCACUUUACGCUGAAUUCAGUGUGUUAUUUUUUAUGAGAAGUGAAUAUGAUCAGGCUUACAGAUGGAGUGUCGCGGCAUUGAAAGAAUUAAAGCCAACAUUACCGCCACGUAUUACAAUAGACGUAUUACGUCAGGCCGCUAAAUCAUGCGUUGUUAAACGUGAAUUUAAAAAGGCCGGUUUGUUAAUACGUCAAGCCGUCUAUCUGUCAAGGGAAGUAUUUGACAAAAAUCACCCCAAGUUCUGUGAUGUUCUUAUAGCUUACGGUUUUCAUUUACUAAAUUUUGACAGCAUUGUAAAUAGCGUAUCAAUAUACGAGAACGCUUUGUCAAUAAGAAAAGAAAUAUUUGGCCAUACUAAUUUACAUGUUGCUAUUGCUCACGAGGAUUUGGCGUACGCUCUGUACGUACGCGAAUACAGUUCAGGCAGAUUCACAGAAGCGCGGGAACACGUCGAGAGAGCUAUUGAAAUAAUGGAAAAGCUUCUGCCGUUUGAGCACCUGAUGCUGGCGAGCGCGAAGCGCGUAAAAGCGCUGAUACUCGAGGAGAUUGCGCUUGACAACGAGCAGGACAAUGCGUCGACGACAAAUAAAGAAUUACUUUUGCAAUCCGAGUACCUGCAUCUCUCAGCCCUUCGUCUUGCCCAGACGGCAUUCGGCGAACGAAAUGUACAAACGGCUAAACACUACGGUAAUUUAGGUCGAUUGUAUCAAAGUAUGAAUAGAUUUCAGGAAGCUGAAGAGAUGCAUUUAAAAGCCAUAAGCAUUAAAGAAGAAUUACUGGGCCCGGAUGACUAUGAAGUUGGAUUAAGUAUCGGGCACCUGGCUUCGCUCUAUAAUUUUCACAUGGAUCGUUAUCGUGACGCGGAAAAACUUUACUACCGCAGCAUUGCCAUUAAUCUUAAGUUAUUCGGUAAGAGUUACAGCGGACUUGAAUAUGAUUAUCGAGGCUUAUUGCACGUAUAUGAAAAACUACACGAGUACGAUAAACUUUUGGAGUACAGAGACACCCUUAUUUUAUGGCACGAUUUGAGAAAACAGUACAAUCAAUCAGAACAUCCGCCGAUUGACUUGAAUGAACGCCCUCAACUUAUAGAAAAUGUGAUAAAAACAUUUUUUUCGAUGUAAUUUAUCUUACGCAGAUACGAAUCUACUUGUUUCGCGUUAAAAAAAAAAUUAACAUCAUUAUUAAUGAUAAUUAUUUUAUUUUACGGAGACGUUGGUCCGUAACUCGGAUCUCGUUUUAUUAAUUAAAAUAAUGUGUAAUUAAAUUUAUAUUGGUCGGAAUUUUUUGGACCUUAGUUUAUAUAGUUAAUAAUGUAAAAACGGAUUUUAUCUUCACUAAGUCCAUUGUUACAUAAUUAUAUGAGUAAUUUUCAAAUCACAGAUCACGUCAAGUAAAUAUUUAAAAAAAGAAAAAAAAAGGCAUAAGCGCGAAUCGUAUAAUUAAUAUGUUAAAAUAGCGAGAAAAACAUUAAAUGAUAAUAUCAGAAAGAAUUUUUUAUACAAUAAAUAUAUACUAGUGAUAUUCCAAAUAUAAAUUAAAAAAAAAAAAACAUAAUAAAACACAAUUGUUAAUAUAUAAAACAACUAGAUAUACCAAAAUCUGUGUAUCAAUAUUAAACACUGUUAAAAAAAAAUUACAUCAAUAUGUACAGAGAUAAUAUUCGUUAAAUAUUAUCAAUAUAUCACGAUAGUUUAUAUAAAAAGACAACUUGAUAAAGUACACGAAAUCUUUGAAAUAAAUGUGUUAAUUAUUUGUUUCACACAACAGCUUUAUCACGAAACCACUUAAAGAAUUUUAAUUGAUGAGAGUAAUUAAAAAAAAAAAGUAUAAUUUUAAGACCACGAGGCUGAUAUAUUGAUAAAUAAAAUAAGUGAUAACAGUUACAUUCAAAAGCAUUAAUAUUUUCAUAAAUUUACAUUAAACAUUACAGAUAAUUUAUGUACAACAUUAAUUUCUAUAAUUUUUAAAAUUUUAAUUUUAAAUCAAAGAUAAAUUUUAACUCGAGAACAUUUUAAGUCGUAAAAUAUAAUUAAUCUGUUUGAAACAUCUUGAUUUUUAAAAAGCGAUAAAU